AUGAGACAUGGUAUUUUUCAUGCUGCGUAUACCGCUGACCACACUGCACACCUUGGACACCAUUGGACACCUUGGACACCUUUGGACACCUUGGACACCUUGGACACCUUGGACACCUUGGACACCUUGGACACCUUGGACAUCUUGGACACCUUUGGACACCUUGGACAUCUUGGACACCUUGGACACCUUGGACACCUUUGGACACCUUUGGACACCUUGGACACUUUGGACACCUUGGACACCAUUGGACAUCUUUGGACACCUUGGACACCAUUGGACACCAUUGGACACCUUUGGACACCUUUGGACACCUUGGACACCAUUGGACACCUUUGGACACCUUGGACACUUUGGACACCUUGGACACCAUUGGACACCUUUGGACACCUUGGACACCUUUGGACACCUUUGGACACCUUGGACACCAUUGGACACCUUUGGACACCUUGGACACUUUGGACACCUUGGACACCAUUGGACACCUUUGGACACCUUUGGACACCUUUGGACACCUUGGACACUUUGGACACCUUGGACACCAUUGGACAUCUUUGGACACCUUGGACACCAUUGGACACCAUUGGACACCUUUGGACACCUUUGGACACCUUGGACACCAUUGGACACCUUGGACCAUCCGUUUCCUAUCUAUGCCCAUGA